AUGCCGGACUUCGCAGUGUGGGGCCCUAUUGUUUCAUUUCUCAACUUAAUCCAUUAUAUAAAUGGGCUGGUUGGCGCACAAGGAGAAAUGCGAACUGCGGAUGAUAUUGUAGGUUGCACUUCUGACCUACUUAUCGGCGUCAAAUACGAUUUCGAGAAGCUUCAAGAUCAUCUACCACGUUCACGCAAAAGAUUCACCGAACGCCAGAUCGACCGCACUGGUAGAGAGGUGAAAAAGGCGCAGAAGAUAAUAUCUGAUAACAAGGACCAAAAUGCGGGGAAAAGACGGAUCAACGACAUCUGCUGGGUCCUAAAAAACAAAGCAAAAUUGCAGACGUGCUUAACUGCACUUCUUCUAUACCAUGUCACGCUAUUGCAGAUACGCUCCGAAUUGGCCUUCUUGGAGAGCACAAUGCCCUGGGCAACGGAUCGUUUUGGUGUGGAACUCAGAACAUUUCCGAAUCCACGUUUAAGAUCACCAGUUGAUAUAAACAGUCAACCUAGAGCGCUCACCUGGGCUAAAGUAGACGAGUUCACAAAUGGUAUCCAAUACACUCCCCCAAUCUCGCAAUCUCGACAAGGAUUUCCUCCCCUCUCUUCAUUAUCCUACACGAGUAGCCCCUUUACAGGCUCCCCGCGUUACUACGAUCCCGGGGAUUUGGGCGCGUGGCUUCUUCAGCAACGCUACAACACUGACCGUAUGCGAGAUUAA